AUGUCGAAAACUUCACCGUCCGCAGCGAGGGCAGCGCCGCGCAGGUGCCGCCGCGGCCGCGGGCCGGCGGGCGAGGCGGCGGCAGCGGGUAACGGCUGGAACGCCGCCGCCCCUCGGCCGCGGCCGGCGCGCGGCUGCGCUGGGGCUCUAUCGCCCCCUGGCGGCGGGAGGCGCGGGCGGGCCGGGGCGGCUGCGCGAAACUUUCCGCCGGAGCGCGAGUUCGGCCUCCCUGGCGCGGUGUGCGCCGCCGGCCCGCCGAGCAGCGCCCGCCUUUCCCGGGGCGCCGCCGCAGCCCCUCUCGGCCUCCGCUUUGGCCUUUUUUUUUUGUUUACUUUUUUCCUUCUUCUCUGUCUAUUUCUCCCCGCUCCAGCCUCUUCCCGAACCGGCGGGGCGGGAAGGGAGCUUCUCCGGUCUAAAUCCAAAAAGGCUCAUCUGGGAAGGAGAGAGAGGAGAACGAGAGGAAGCGGGAUGCAACUCAACCUGACGCUGAUCUGCUUCGUCUUCGGGGGGUUCCUGCCCGACGCCGCGGCCCGGCGGGAGCAGAUGGACACGGGGCAGUGCGACCUGCCCCGCUCGCAAGGAGAGCUCAACUCCUUCCUCUGGACCAUCCGCCGCGACCCCCCUGCCUACCUCUUCGGCACCAUCCAUGUGCCUUACACGCGAGUGUGGGACUUCAUCCCUGACAACUCCAAGGCCGCCUUCCAUGCCAGCUCCAGCGUCUACUUUGAGCUGGACCUCACUGACCCCUACACCAUCUCGGGGCUGGCCAGUUGCCAGAUGCUGCCCCAUGGGGAGAACCUGCAGGACGUGUUGCCCCAGGAGCUGUACCGCCGCCUCAAACGCCACCUGGACUACAUCAAGCUGAUGCUGCCCCACUGGAUGACCCCUGACCAGCGAGGCAAAGGGCUCUAUGCCGACUACCUCUUCAACGCCAUUGCUGGCAACUGGGAGCGCAAGAGGCCUGUCUGGGUGAUGCUCAUGGUGAACUCCUUGACAGAGACGGACAUCCGCUCCAGAGGAGUGCCAGUGCUUGAUCUUUACCUCGCCCAGGAGGCCGAAAGGAUGAAGAAGAGAACGGGUGCAGUGGAGAGGGUGGAGGAGCAGUGUCACCCGCUCAACGGGCUCAACUUCUCCCAGGUGCUGUUUGCUCUAAACCAAACUCUGCUCCAACAUGAAAGCCUCCGAGCAGGCAGUUUGCAGGCCCCGUAUACCACUGAAGAUCUCAUCAAGCAUUAUAACUGUGGAGACCUGAAUGCUGUCAUAUUCAACCAUGACACUUCUCAGGUCCCGAACUUCAUCAACACAACACUCCCACCCCACGAGCAGGUGACGGCUCAGGAGAUAGACAGCUACUUCAGACAGGAGCUCAUCUACAAGAGGAAUGAGAGGAUGGGGAAGAGAGUGAUGACACUUUUAAGAGAGAAUACAGACAAGAGCUUUUUCUUUGCCUUUGGAGCAGGUCAUUUCCUGGGUAACAACACUGUGAUUGAUGUACUGAGACAAGCAGGAUUUGAAGUGGAGCACACCCCUCCUGGACAACCAAUUGGAAAUUCAAGGACAACAAACACAAGCCCAGCCUUGGAAGGGUCCUCAGCAACAGCCCUGCCUGCUGUCCAGCUUUCUGAGCAGCUUCCCCUGACGUCUCCCUCCCUGAAGCCUCAGCGGAUGGAUGAAGAAGACAGCCUCUCUCCUCAUCUCCUGUUGCCAGACAGCAUCAGCCAGCUCGAAGAGUUUGGCAGGCAGAAGAAAUGGCACAAGAAGCAGCACAAACACCAUCGCCAGAGGCAGUUCAAUGAUCUCUGGGUUCGGAUAGAAGACAGCACCACCACGUUGCCUUCCUAUAUCAGGAUAACCAAUGGCUACAUCACAGUCAAACCUGCCAUUUGGAUUUCAAACCGGCUGGACCAGAGGCCACGUUCAGACCACCCAUCCCAGCCUCAGCCUACGAGCUCAGCUCCAGAGAGUCUCUUACAGCCAUCAGUAACUUCACCUCUCUGCAUGGCCAUAGCUGCUUUUCUCCUGAAUCUACUGCAGCCUUCCUGACCACGUUAGUAGUCCGUGCAAUCCCUUGGAACAGAGAAGAGAGAUAAUUUAUGAACGAAUUGGAGGUUAAGACAACAACAAAGCUGGACCUUCUCAGUGACUCAGUAGUGCCUUCUAGCCGAUUUUUGUCUUUGCCCAGAUACAUUUUGAAACUCUAAAGCUUUAUUGUAACACUGACUUACAUCUUCUUUUUGUAGAAGGAUCUUUAUUUCCCAUAGUGCUAUGGGGUUUUGUAAAAUAUACAUGUUCAUAUAAAGAAAAAAAAAACACAAAAGAAAAAGAAAAUUGUAUUUAUUCAACUGGUAAACUUAUUUUUCUUGUUGUAUAUGUUAAUAACAUCCCUAUUAAUCAGUAGCGAUGGUGAAACAGAUAAAUUAAUAUUUUCUAUGUUUGUUUUCUAACUGACAACUCUGCAAAUGCCUGAACUGACACCAAAUGAAUGCCUUCUUUGUUUCUUUAACCAAUACUUUUUACAGCAACUGUUCAAUAGGUACCUUUCUGCUGAACUUCAUUUUACUUUUUACAUCUCACUGGUAUAGCUUACACCGAAUAAAGCAGAUCCUGAUCUCUGUGGCUUAUGCCCAUUAGAAAAAUAGGUACAUUCUUGUCAGCUGCUACAACCUAAAACACCAGUUAUUUUUACAUGACCUAGUAAGUCAUUAGCCAAGAUAAUCCUCUAAAUUCCUCCAUUAUCUUUAACUAAACCAUUUAACUUAAAUUACCAAUUUCCUUCUUUGCCCUGGGAUUAGUUCAUUAGCUAAUGCAAAUUAAGACACCUGUUUCUUAAUAAAACAUUGCUUUUAAAGUCUGGAAUAAUCCCACUGGAAUGACUUUUUUCUCUCCCUCAUUUUAUAUAAACACAAGCCCACAACCUUUCCCAGUGCAAAUGAGAACAGAAUUUGGUCUGUCUAGAGGAUGUAAAGUUGUAGUAUCCUGUUAAUCUUUAGAACUUUUGUAGCAGUUGUAUUCAUGCAAAUGGGCAACUUGGAGGGCAAAAAACAUCUACAAAUUCCUUUUCAUCUUGCUAUGAUGAUGCUUAGAGCCAAUAUCUGUGCUGAAUUAUGACUUGUUCAAAAUCUGUUCAAGACCAUAGGAACUAAAUUAACUCCCAUGUCAUGGAGACAUACAGAACGUUCCUCCAUUUGUAGACUAUGGUACCUCUGUUAACUUAAAUGGAAAAGUUAUGACACCUUACACACUUAAAAAUUUGCUCCCUCUACAAGCACCUGAUUUCCAUGAAUGCAAAAACCAUCUAUGAAAACAAAACAACCAAAUAUGUCCAUCUUUAAAAGCGUUAUGUUAAAUAAGAUAUAUUGGGAGGUCUUUUUUUUUUCUCCCAACAAAACAUAACUAAAAACACCUUUGGAUUCAAGAAUUUCAACCAGAAAAUUUUGGUCAAAACAGUGUUUUUCUUUAUAAGCCAUCUACAAACCAGAAAUCCAAAAUAGGUGAUGAAAACAUCUUUGUCAAAAAAGAAGACUCAAAAAAACCCCAGAAAAAUACAAUUAAAAAAGCAAUGCUUUUUCAUCUUGAAUCAAAAUAUCUAAUGGUGAUGAUUGAUAAUAAUAUUGAUUAAAGCCUGAUUAAAAGCAUUCAUGUUAGUAUCUCACCAGCCUCUCAGCCUGGUCUUCAGGACUGCAGAUGAUUCCAUGCAAUCUUCAAGUCUCUGUGGUGAGAGAGAGUGUUUAGAACUCACUGUUUGUUUGUUGUCAUGCCAGUUAAUUGAGGAAGGCAGAUUAGGAAAUAAUUAGGCUGCAGAAGGCACAUGGGUUUUAUUUGAAACCAUGAUGAAAUACUGAGCCUUUCCCUCAUGCAUCCUAACCCAUUUGCCUUGCAAAGGCUGGGGAGAACACAGGUGAUAUCUUUUUGACUUGCAGCACACGAUGACUUCCAGCCUUUGCACAGUUUUUGACAUAAGGUUGUGCAGGUUUGUGGUACUGCUCACAGUGCUACAAACUACUCCUAUUUUUUUUUUUCAAGCACAACAGUUGAUAACACUGAAUGGAAAACUUUGAGCUGUGGCCCAAAUGUGAGCUUCAAGCACACCCGGUGCAUACUUUUGCAUUGUGUACUUUGGCUAGCAGAAGAUUAGAGAUGUUAGUUUUGGACAGAAGCCAUUCAUCUUGCAUAAUAUUUAUUGCACAGGGCUGGAUAUUGGAAACAUAUUUUGGGAACUUUCAUUUUGGUUUUAUUUGAGCUAUUAGCCUAGAAAUGCCUUCAUUUGCCUAUAAUAGCUUAGCAGACCUUCCAAUUCAACCUUAAUGCAUUUAAAAAGAUGAUUGGUUCUCCUGCUGUAUUCAGAGAUAAGAAGUGAAUCAUAAUGUCUUCUUUACAAAAAUGGAACUGGAAAUAAGGUAGGCAAAUCUUAAGGGUGAUGAUAAGUUACACAGUAAAACUUAACAGCCAAUGAACCAAAACUUAUUCAAUUUUAUUUGUUGUAAUCUGAUCACAUCCAGAAAUGACUCUGUGGUAUCACCCCAGAAAUAAUUCCAGGUGUUGGAAAACUUACAGUAUAAAUAGAUAAGACCACAUAAAGAUAAAGGAGACAGAAAAGAGCAGGAAACAGAAACAACUAGUCCAAGAAUGUAAGAAAAACCACCAGCAGGGCUAAGACUAGAAAUUAACAGCUCUGUAUGUUCCCAACCUGUGGCUUUCUCCAUAUGCCCCUGGGGCUUUCUUAAUAUCAUGAGCACACAGGUAUGUCCACAGCUGUCAUCAUACUCCACAGAAUAGUCACUCUAACACACUAAUGAGUUGGAGGUUUUUUCUGAGUCUCUCCUCCACUGAACAGUAAUAUUCAGUACUCGUUAGCUCAGAUAUCACAAUAAGUUUGGAUAGCACAGUAUGUAAAAUAGCUUGGAUAUCAAAGUAUGUUUUAACAUAUUUGCAUUCCCUGGCAUUCUGUCCAUAGUUCUGUGAAAUGAAGGAAUGUUACUGGAGCUCACUGAGUCUCCCUUGCACUCGUGCUCUAUGUUUCUCACACUGCAGCGCAGGUGUCAAAGCAAAGUGUCCCCUGGUUUUGAGCUCCAGCACACCUAACUUCUGCCACCUGAAAGCAUCAAGCUGACUCAAUCAUCUGAGCUUCCUCUGGUUAAAGGAUAAGACACAAUAAACGUAAGAGUAAGUACUUUCCUGUAGAUCCUAGCUCAGGAGCCCCACAUGAAUGGCUUCAGCACAGUUCUCCAACCAAAUGUUUACUCUGUUCUCUUCCUCUAAAGUAUGACUUGAGGUAACCUUUUCCCAAUACAUGGCAUGUAAGCAUAGCAAUACUGGAAAACGAGACUCUCACUGUGAUUGAUAAAAUGGAUUAUUUAUUAAUCAGCUACAGCACGCUAGUAAUAAUUGAAGUACACUAAUACUGGUCAGCACAGAUCUAUGCACAUCCAUUGCAAUGGAUCAUGAUUAUAUUCACCAUGAGCUUGAAGCACGUAUCAGAUUUGGUGACAUUUGAGGUAACACUGAUUGUCAUCAUGGGAUUUCAGUUUUCUCUGUGGGUUUCUCAGAAAACUAGAAACCAACUGCUUUCUAUCUUCUAAAGGAAAGCUCAGCUUCCUGUGUAAUCACAGAUUCCAAGAGCAGGAGAUUUAACAAACAUAUCCAUGGCUUCUAUAUAGAACAGCAAACAUCGGUGAUUCUGUUUACCUCCGAGAGACACAAUCAAGAGAAUCUCAGAAUUUCUAGCAAUCAAGGACAUGAGUUUGGAUAGCUCCAAAGCUAACCGUUUGUGUGAUUCAUCUUUGCAAUUCAGCUACAACUGUCACUAAUACAACUCACAUUGUAUGCAACUGUAGUGUUAUAAAUGAAUGCUAAUUAUCUGCCAAGCUCUUGCCCUGGUAGAAUAAAUAUCCCAUAUCACCAGCAACACAUCCAGCUUCUCCUGUGUCAUCGUUUUAAUGCCUUUCUUACCUAUGUUUAACGACGGAUGCUAUAUUAACGUGCAUUGCCACUUGGAGAACCAGUCACUAAGCUGGAACAGAAGGUAUUUCAUAUUUUAUGACUGAAAUAGUUUCUCUGCAAUCCCCUGGUCUGUUGAAUAAUGCAAUACCUCUUCUGGCAAUAAAUGAUGAACAUGAUUUAUGAUAACUAUGCUUUAUACAGGUGUCAAAAUCUGCUUUGUUGAACUUCCCUUCCCAUUCCUCCAAGCUCCACUGUAAUUUAGGAACACCCGAGGUACUGAGUUGUAUAUUUAUCUAAGUUCUUCAAUAUACAAGUGUGGAGAGAGAAGGAUGGAAAGAGGGAGAACUUAAUCUAUGUUUAGCACAUUGAUUAGUCAAGUGAUAUGACCCAGUCAUUACCAUAUACCACUGGUAGGGAGUAAUUUCCCAUCACAUAUUUAUCUUAGAGAGACCAAAGUGCCAAAGUUAUAAUCUCAGCAUAAAUGUUAUCAUUCCAAACUUUGCUUAGUACCACAUUUCUGUGUUAUAUCCAAAAAAGUAUAUGGGCCUGUCAUAUCUCUGAAGUGAUCAGUGUUCCAUGGAGUGUGUGAGAGUUCAGCUUCAAUUUAAGCUUGUUUCAGCUUAACUGAAGCAGAAAGAUAAUUACCCAGUUUUGACAUCAUAGAGUGUGUAUGUGCACGUGUGUGUGCUUUGUCCCAACCCAAAUGCACCCUUUUCUUGUGACUAGCUUUUCAGGAGACACCUCAAGCCAAGCUAAAGGCAGAGAGGUCUUUCCAAUAACUAGUCAAUAGCUCUUUUUUUUUUCUUCUACAGAAACAAUUAACCUUCCUGCAGAUUCAUGCUCACACUGAACUUUAAAUUGCAUGUUUGUCAGUUUUCGAUUCAAAUGUAUUUCAAAUAUUUUUUCCUGUUCCGCCUCCUGCUCUCGUGAACGGAUUUAAGAGUCUAAUAAAAAGAUGCUUUCUAAUA